CUCAGGCCCAGAUUCGGGCCCGGUAGGGUUUUCUCCCUAUGACAUGAAGUGUAAUGAGCGCGGCCUUGCGGAUCCCAGGCUCGAGUUAGAGCCGAUUGGAUGCCCGGACUCGAGCCUCCCGGAAUGGCUCAAGAAGUAAUUGAUGUGGAUAUGCAGCCAGAGGAGGAAGCUGUUUCGACACAGCUGAGUCUCCAUGAACCAGUUUCGAGGCCGACAGGAGCUAGUUCAGGUACUGCACACGCUGGCGAAGAUUCAGGGGGCCUGCCUGUAACCGAGGCCCCUCCAACUGCUCACAGUGGUGGACUGGAAGCAGCGUUGCUAACUGAGGAACUUCAAAGACUGCAAGGAGCACUGAGAACUGUGGCGCAGCACUUUUCACUUGGUCAGAGACCUGGACACCAGCGGAGGCAGUUGAGGAGGAAUGGCCGCCGCCAGCCGGGUGCAAGUGCUUCCCAGAGAUCUGCACCAUCCAGGUCUGGAUCUUUGGGCAACUACUUCCGGGUUAAUAGGCAGCAGCACGCAGAAUCAGUCAGGUUAUCAGCUGAAUUUGGAGAAGAUGAGAUGAGCAGUGAAGAUUCCAGCACCGAUCUGAGCACUGACAUCAGUGAGUCUGAGGAGAGUGGCAGCACCACAGAGAUAGAGGAUGAGUAUGAGAGCAAUGAGUCUGCAGCAGCUUCAUCAGCUCCUGCUAGUGCCCCCAUUCUGGUCAACCCCUCGCCAGCUCAAGGUAUCGAGGCUGGAGAUUCACAGUCUGCACGGCAAGAGCAGGAAAGCCUGACCUCGCACUCGGAAGACACUUUAAAUGUGAAAGAAGAUGCAGGAAGCACCAAAGCCACCGAUACAGCCUCUGAAGAUGAAGCUUAUUCGUGCCCAAUCUGCUUUGAACCGUGCACUAAUGGAGAGCACCAUCUUGCUACUCUGCAGUGUGGCCAUCUCUUUGGUUCUACCUGCAUCUACCGGUGGCUGAAGGGACAAGUAGGAAAAUGUCCACAGUGUAAUAAGAAAGCUAAACGGUCAGAUGUGGUGUUGGUGUAUGCCCCAUCAUUGAAAGUUGUGGACACCAGUGAGCAGGAACGAUUAAAGAGUGACCUGGAGAAGGAGCAGAUGAUGCGUCGAAAAGCAGAGCUGGAAUCAGCGCAGUGUCGUCUCCAAUUGCAGUUCUUGACAGAUGAAUGCAGCAAGUUACGUAAACAGCUGCAGGAACUCAGAUGUCUGGUUGCUAAGCACAGUCCAAGUGCUUCUCAAAGCCCCUCUAGUUCCUGUAAUUCUCUAACUGGUCACACCAGUUCCAGUCAAAGUCAGUCAAAGUACCAGUUUGAGAAAGGCAUCAUGGUUUCGCAAAAUGGGAACUGUCGAGUCAUGGCGUACUCUGCUUUGAUGAGCUGUCUUGUUGUGUCCCAACCUUCUCCUCAAACAGCUCUCCUACCUGGAUGUGGCGUGAAGAAGAUAAGUGGGAUGAACUUCCGCAGCACCCAGUAUGUCCCGAUCCAUUCCAAACAGAUCCGAGGUCUGGCGUUCAGUGACCGCCCUGAGAGUGUCUUACUUUCUGCAUCCCUGGACAACACUAUCAAAUUAACCAGCCUGAUUGCCAACACUGUGGUUCAGACGUACAAUACUGGUCGCCCUGUGUGGAGCUGCUGCUGGUGCUCAGAUGACACAAACUACAUCUAUGCUGGGUUGAUAAAUGGCUCCAUCUUGAUUUAUGACAUGAGGGACACCACGACACAUGUCCAGGAGCUGCCAUCACAGGGUUCCAGGUGUCCUGUGACUUCAUUGUCUUACCUCCCACGUAUGGCUUCGGCAGCGUUUCCAUGUGGUGGUCUGGUGGCUGGCACUCUGGAGGGGGGGUGCUUCUGGGAGCAGAAAUCCACAAACACGUACAAGGCGCACUUGCUGCCCCUGGAAGUUGGAAGCUGCACAGAUAUACAGAUCGAACCCACGAUGCGACACUGUCUCGUUACUUACAGGCCAAGUAAAACCCAUGGUUCUUUACGGUGUGUGAUGAUGGAAAUGUCGAGCAGUCCCUCCCCAGAGUCGCUCGAGAACCUGGUCUGCACAUGUUAUCCAGUGCAGACGUUCAAAGCGGGCCCUACGUGUAAACUGCUAACCAAAAAUGCCAUUUUCACAAGUCCGGAGAAUGAUGGCAGUGCCUUGGUGUGUGCUGGGGAUGAGGCAACCAACAGUGCUAUGGUGUGGAAUGCAGGGAGUGGCUCCCUCAUCCAGAAGCUUCAAGCUGACCAGCCUGUACUGGAUAUCUGCCCCUUUGAGGUGAAUCACACCAAUUUCUUGGGAACUCUGACAGAAAAAAUGGUCAAGAUCUACAAGUGGGCCUGAAGGGACUCUGUGUUUAAGUGCUUGCCAUCACAGACUCACUCGGACAGGAAAUCUAUGGCCCAAGUCGGGUGCUGAUGUCGUAAAUGAAUUGCUGCACUGCACCUGCCUCGGAAACAAAGCACCUUGCAUUUUUCAACAAGCCCACCUGUCCUCACAGGUAGGGCUUGAUUUAUGUAACUGCCCUACCUGAGCUGUCUCCUGGUAAUCUACUAACUUCCCCUUUUGUUGUAAACUGUGGCCUUUACUUAAAUGUAAUGAUUAGUAGUCUCACAUUUCCAAAGGUUUGCUAGUUUCUGAUGAAUGCUUAUUUGUUGUUUUCAUAUUUGUGACAUUUUCAGGGAGUUUGUCUGUGAAUAAAAGCUUAUUCCUGUCAUUUUGUUCGUUAUUUUUCCUCUUAUGGAUUCUCAUCCGGCAUUCCCAGUGUUCUUUGCUUCAUGUAAUGCCUAUCUGUUACCAAUUCCCAGGAAACCUCUAAGUGGUUUUGAAGUGACUCCUCUACCCGAGUGUAUAUAUUUUCCCCUACUUCUGUUUGGGGAUAGGGACUUUCUGACCACCCCUUUACUGAAUCUUGCAAUAAGCUGACAAAAGAACUGAAAGCACCAGUGAUGAUUCAGUGGGACAUUAUAUUAUUACUGCUGCAGGCUGGUCCACUGCAUUACCAUUUGAAGCCACCUUUUGUUUUAAAUCCCCCCUGUAUACACCAGUUUGGUAAUGGAGUAGAGAGGGUUCCAGUCAGGGAACCAUAACAAAUUUUCAAAGGAAUAUUGAGGUCACAGGGUAUAUUGUGUAAUGCCUUAAACUCUUUCUAUUUAUAUUGGAUGACUUGAUUUUUUUUGUUGUGUCAAUUUGAUUGGGGAAUAGAGAUUCACAGACAAAUGCUUAUUUAGUUUCGCAAUGAAGGAACAGAUAUGGCAUUGAAUAAUUCUGUGGUUGAGGUAAAGGGUCCAUGACUGAGUGUACAUAUCCAAAAAGGUUGUGUGACUCGAAGGCUGAAACCUGCUAAUCUAAUUCAGUGCAGAAAGCAUUGCCCAGUAGGUCGUUGGUGAGGACUUUGAAAUACAUUGCCUGGAGCUGUACUGAUUGUGUAUCUGAAUGGAAAGUGUGUAUCUGCUACCCUGUGUGCAAUUCAAACUUUCUUAAUGUACAUAAUUGUCAUUUUAUUAUUACUUUGAAAUAAAAAGUGAAAUCUUA